AUUGACACUAUACUACGUACAGUCAAAAAAAUGUUUUGACAGCUGGAAACCUUAAAAAAUGACCACAAAUUUUAUCUGGUUUAUUCUUUUUAAAAGAAAUAUUUCGCUUCAAAACAAUUCUUAAAUUCAGUUCAAGAUUAACAGAAUGGCAACUUUUUCCACCAGCAUGACGGUGGUGGACCUUGCUAUAGACCCGUUAAUUACAUGCCGUCUUUGCCUAUCAGAGUAUGCUCCACAUGACAUGUAUACUCUUCAAGACUGUGGAUGCCUUUAUUGUAAAGAAUGUGUCCAGCAGUAUGUAAUGGUGAUGAUUUACGAGGGAAAUGUGGUCUCCAUCACAUGUCCUGAUGCUCAGUGCCGUAAACAGGGGAAAAUACUGUUCUCAGAGGUGAAGACCCUGGUAGAUGAGAAACACUUUGCCAGAUACAGAAAACUGAAAUUCCAGAAAGAAGUUGACCUAGAUCCUGACAGGACGUUUUGUCCCGAGGCGGGGUGUGAGACUGUGUGUCACGUGUGUAGCACCUCCUCCAGUCAGGCCUUCAGCAAACCGACACCUGUAGACUGUCCUAAGUGCAAGCUACAGUUUUGCUCAGUGUGCAAGUCCAAAUGGCAUCACACAAAGUCCUGCAAUGACGUGGUCAUGUCGGGACGAUUAGAGGACCAAGGGAUCCCAUUCACAAGUGAGGCAGAGUCAAACAUCAAGAGAUGCCCAGUGUGCCAUGUGCCAAUUGAGAGAAACGAUGGCUGCGCACAGAUGAUGUGCAAGCGUUGUAAACAUGUCUUCUGUUGGUACUGCCUCACGUCUUUGGAUGAUGACUUUCUCCUGCGACACUACGACAAAGGUCCGUGCAAGAACAAACUGGGUCAUUCCAGAGCGUCUGUGAUAUGGCACCGCACUCAGGUGAUAGGGAUAUUUGCUGGGUUCGGUGUCCUUCUACUGGUUGCCUCGCCAUUUCUUCUCCUGGCAGCACCGUGCAUUUUGUGCUGCAAAUGCAGUAAGGUCAGUAAGUGUUGUAGUGAUGAUGAUGACGAUCCAGUUGCUGCAAACAGCGGGUAGCAGUUCUGUACCCCAGUCGCCUGAGCAUCAAGUGUGACUUACAUUACCAAUGUGAUAGAGGAUGAAACCAGUCUGACUUUAUUUACAAGUUUAUAGACUGAAAUGUGCUAUGAGAUUUUUCUUGACUUUGUAAAUGAUAAUUUAAUUGUAAGGUUUUCUUAAUGUCACUCUUGGGAAAGAGGAUUUUAAUGUACCAGCUAUUACAAGCGCCUUUUCAAAGAUUUGUUGAUUCUAAAUUAACAAUAUUUUUGUCAAAAAUUUCAAACAGUAAAUUGUAUGGUUUACAAAUGAGAGCUGAAAUCCAGGUACAGAAAAAGGCUCACAAAAAAUUUAUUGUAUACUAUUUAAAUAUAAUAAUGUUGUUUAUAAAUAAACAUCAAAUUUGACAAAACAAGUGUGUAUUUAAAAAUGAACAAAUUUAUCACUUCAAUAUAAUUACGUUUACACUCCCAUGUAUAAAAGCCUGUUGAGCUUAGAAGCUAUUUCACUUUAUCUUGAACUGUAGUUUCGAGCUCCAACACAGGCAUUUAAUUGAUAUCGUUAACGCUUAAAAAAAUGAGGUAAUUGCCUUUAUUUGUAGUAACAUCUUAACAUGAAGUGCAUAUAGUCCACAUAAAUAGUAUUUAUUCUUUUCAAAUAUGACUUCUUAGGAAUCCCAGUAUAUAAAGAAAAACUAUUAUACCCUUGUUUUUAUUCCAUCAAUGUGAUUCAUAUAGUUUCUGCUUUGUAUAUUCCACACAUUUUGGUCAAUGCUCAACCAUUUGCAAUUAGAUCUUGAGCAAACUAUCUGAAAAUGUUAAUUAGCAUAAAAUGAAGUUGAAAAACCUACCUAAUUCCACCAGGUAGGUAGAUCUCAUUAUGGUGAUGCUUCAAUAUUUUAAGAGUAAUUUCCCUAUUUUUAUGUCCCCCACCACUAUAGUGGGGGAUAUAUUGUUUUUGCCCUGUCUGUGGUUUGUUUGUUGGUUUGCAUCAAACUUUAACAUUUGCCAUGACUUUUGCAAAAUUGAAGAUAGCAACUAAAUAUUUGGCAUGCUUGUGUAUCUCAUGGAGCUACACAUUUUGAGUGGUGAAAGGUCAAGGUCAUCCUUCAAGGUCAAAGGUCAAAUAUAUGGGUCAAAAUCGCUCAUUUAAUAUACACUUUUGCAAUAUUGAAGAUAGCAACUUUAUAUUUGGCAUGCAUGUGUAUCUCAUGGAGCUGCACAUUCUGAGUGGUGAAAGGUCAAGGUCAUCCUACAAGGUCAAAGGUCAAAUAUAUGGGGGACAUAGUGUUUCACAAACAUAUCUUGUUUAAUUUAUAUUUUAAUUCGACCAUAUCUGGUUAUUUGAAAGAGGUAUCAACUUGAAACUUCAUAGCUAAAUAGAACUUAUUGAGGGUUUGUGCAGUGCACAAGAAUCGUAACUCUUGCUCCCAUAUUUAAGAGUUAUAGCCCUUUAUGACAAGAAAUUUACAUGAUGACUGUCCACCCAACGUUCAUUCAUGUGCCCAGUGGCAUUUACUGUUGGCAUUAAUGUACGAUGGGAACAUUUCUUGUUUUUUUGAAUUCAUAAUAUACAUUUACAGAUAAAUUGGUUAUUUUAAAUGUGAACUAAAAGCCUGUUUUAAAUCCCCUUUGUUGUGAAAUUGUACACAUAUUAAGAAAAUUUCUCAGUAUUUGUUUGGCUAGUCAUCUUUCAUAUGUUUCAUUUGUAAUUGACAAUUUGUGGUUUGUAUUCAUGUAUGUUGGUGCUCUCACACAAAAUUAUUGCUUAGAGUAUGAAGAGUUAUUGUUACAAGUAUGAGCUAUAUUUAUUUUAUUUUAAGCUCACCUGAGCAGAAUAUGCUGAUGUUGAGUAUUUGUGAUCGCCGUUUCUCCUAUGUCCAUUGUCUGUCUUCAACAUUUACCUUGUUGACACUCAAGAGGGCACAUGUAUUGUCGGAUCUUUAUGAAACUUGGUGAGAAUAUUUUCCUCAAUUAUAUCUUGGCUGAGUUCGAAAUUGGUUCCCAUCCGUUAAAAAAUAUGGCUGUCAGGAGGUGGGGCAGUUUUCCUAAUAUGGUUAUAGCUACACCUUGUUAACACUGUAAGAGUCUUAUCAUUAAUUAAAUCAUCUGGAAACUUUGCAUGUGUUCUUAAUAUAUCUCAGCCGCAUUCGAAAAUGGUUCCAGUCUGUUGAAAAACAUGACUGUCAUGGGCGGGACAGUUUUUUAACCAGGUUUUCCGAAGGAAAAAUGGUUAUAAAAUUGGCAGUGUCGGCGGGCGGGCUGGCGGGCGGAACAAGCUUGUCAGGGUCAUAACUUUGUCGUUCAUUGUCAGAUUUUAAAAUCAUUUGGCACAUUUGUUCACCAUCAUUAGACGGUGUGUCGCGCGAAAGAAUUACUUCAAUAUCUCCAAGGUCAAGGUCACAAUUUGAGUUUGAAGGUCAAAAAUGGCCAUAAAUGAGCUUGUCCGGGCCAUAACUUUGUCGUUUAUUGUCAGAUUUUAAAAUCAUUUGACUCAUUUGUUCACCAUCAUUAGACAGUGCGUCACACGAAAGAAUUACGUCGAUAUCUCCAAGGUCAAGGUCACAAUUUGAGUUUGUAGGUCAAAAAUGGCCAUAAAUGAGCUUGUCCGGGCCAUAACUUUGUCGCUCAUUGUCAGAUUUUAAAAUCAUUUGGCACAUUUGUUCACCAUCAUUAGACGGUGUGUCGCGCGAAAGAUUCACGUCGAUAUCGCCAAGGUCAAGGUCACAAUUUGAAAAUGAAGGUCAAAAAUGGCCAUAAAUGAGCUUGUCUGGGCCAUUAAUAUGUCAUUCAUUGUGACAUUUUUAAAUCAUUUGGCACAUUUGUUCACCAUUAUUGGACGGUGUGUGGCGCGAAAGAAUUACGUCAAUAUCUCCAAGGUCAAGGUCGCCACAACUUAAAAUAGAUUGAUUUUGAAACAACUAUGUAACUAUGAACAAUCAGUAACAAUGCACAUUUUGAUUUUGAGUUGUCUUUUUAUCAGACUUUUUUUCUUAUUGAAGUCAAGGUCAAUUUUACACAAGGGGGUUAACAAUACACAUUUUGAAUUGUCUCCCUUUAUCAGACGUUUUUUCAACUGAAAACCUCGUUUUGUGACAAUUUUGUCCCUUGUCUUAUAUUGCUAUAGUAGCUAAAGUAAAAUCUUGUUAACAAUAUGGAAAUCACAUUUUUAGUCCUAUCUUCAUGAAACUUGUUAAGAACAUUUGUUCUAAGGAUAUCUUGGGCAUGUUUAAACAUUGUUGCAGUCCGCUGAAGUACAUGGCUACCAGGGGGCGGUGCAGUUUUUAUUAUUAUAUGGAUAAAGUGGCUAUAAUAAAUCCUUGUUAACACUCUGGAGGCCUCAUGUAUUAUCCAAUCUUCAUGAAAUUUAGUUACAACAUUCGUCCUAAUGAAAUCUUGGCUGAGUUUGAAAUUGUUUCUGGUCUGUGGAAAAACAUGGCAGCCAGUUUUCCUUAUAAUUAUGGCUGUAGUAAAACCUUGUAAACGCUUUAGAAGUCUAAUUUCAAUCAAAUUUUCAUUUCAUUUUAUGAAACUUGGUCAGCAAAAUUGUUCUAAAUUUAUCUCAGCUGAGUUUGAAAAUGGUUCUGGUAAUCUAGGAACAAAGAAAACUUUGUAGGAACAUGAAUUUGUUCUAAGAAUAUCUUGGCAGAGUUGGAAAUUGGUUGCAAUCUGUUGAAAAACAUGGCCACCAGGUGACGGGGCAGUUUUCCUUAAAUGAAUAUAGUAGCUAUAGUAACACUUUGUUAACAAUAUAAAAGAUAACAUUUUUAGUUCAAUCUUCAUGAAACUUGGUAGGAGCAUAGUUCCUAAGGAUAUCUUAACACAGUUUACAAAUGGUUUUGGUCUGUUGAAAACAUGUCAACCAAGGGGCAUAGCUGUUUUCCUUAAAUGGCUCUAUUAGCUAUAAUAAAACCUUGUUAACUACGUAGAAGUCACAUUUUGAGUCCAAUCUUCAUAAAAGUUAAAUUUAUGGCUAAUCUUCAUCAGAGCAUUUGGUCUAAUGAUUUCUGAGCUAAAUUCCAAAAUGGUUCUGUAACGUUGAAAAACAUGGCUGCCAGGGGGCGGGACAGUUUUCCUGAUAUGGCUAUAGAAAUCACUUGAGUUAAACGUAAAUACUACUCAGGUGGGCAACCAAGGGCCACCAUGGCCCUCUUGUUUUUAGAAUUAUGAGUAUUUACUUCACAAAUGAGGCUUGCAAAAUGUAUUUAAAAAAAUUUAAGUUGUUUUGUGUACAUAUGUUUUUUGAAAACUAACAGAUUUCCAUCAAAUGAUAUAUUUCAUCAAAGAUGUGUUAAACAAACCUUGAUAUAUGAACAAGAAGAGAAAAAGUUUCAUAAAAAAUUUCUUAGAGCCCCCAACUGUCAAAAUGUUCCAAUAACCGGUGUUACUUAGCUUUUACUAUAUUUAUUGUCCCCUACCGGUGAAACCAGAGGGGACUUAUAGUUUGCGCUCUGUGUGUCAGUCAGUCAGUCAGUCUGUCUGUCUGUCUGUCUGUCUGUCCGUCACUUUUUCUGGAUCCUGGGAUAACUUAAAAAGUUCUUCAUAUUUUUUCUUGAAACAUGGAUUAAUGGCAAUAUGGACAUUAUGCUCGUCAUUUCAUUUUGUUCCUACGGCAUAAAUUGUGGUUGCUAUGGCAACCAAAAAAAAUAAAUUCUGAAAAUGGUGGAAUUUCUGAUAAUGGUGGAGCCGGUAGGGGACCAUAUUGCUUGACAAUAGCUUUGUUAUAUUCUUGACCUUGUUGAUCCAAUAGCAGAUUAACUUAAUCUUGUCUUCAAUGUGUUUGUAGUCUUAUGCAUAUUUGUACGUGUUGUACUUGUUCAGUUGGAUAUUCUCUACUUGUAUAUGCACAUGAAAACUGUGCCUUAAAAUACGCAAUCGUCAUACUUUGAAAGCCAGUAAUACUCACGCUUUAAAGAGACAACUGUGUUAAUAGUACUUUUCAAACGUGCCCCUGUCACACAAUGAGUUAUUCAUUUUCAUGGUGAAUGUAUAUGAGCUCAUUAAAUCCAUUAGGUAAGUAGUAAUACAUCCAGUUAUUCAUAUGACAUGAUGUUGAGUACAUUUUAAGCUUAUUGAUUUAGUAAUGUAGUUAUAUUUUUCUGGAUCCGUUUAGGGCUUACAUGUAACAUGACAAUGUGUUAACCCUUUCAGUGCGGGAACCGAAUUUUGAAGGCCUUUUCAAACAGUUUGGAUCCAGAUGAGACGCCACAAAACGUGGCGUCUCAUCUGGAUCCAAACUGUUUGCUAUUCUGAUAGUAUUUUUUGAAAAAAAUCGAAGAAAUGCUAAUUGUAGAAAUUCAGCAGACAACAUUUUAGCAGACGAUAAAUUUCCCAGCAUGCAAAGGGUUAAAUUCAUAUGAGCCGGGCUCUGAAAAGACGGGGCUUCAUGCAUGUUAUAAGGAGUAAUGCCAGAUUUUCCUGUGCAGUCCGCAUAGGCUAAGCUUGGACAACACUUUCCACCAGACUGGAUCUGCAUUUCAAAGAUUCAUCCUUUGAACAUAAAAUGUCAUGAAAGUGUCAUCCGUGAAAAAUCUUACACAACAUGUUAUGCACAUGUAUUUAGCCCCGUUUUCUCAUUCAAUGGAUUUAAAUAAAAUCCAUGAUUUCUGUUUAAUUAACCAGACCUUAAAGGCAACUACCUUAUUUGCUUUUUUUCACAAGUUUAUUACUGUAUACUCAUAAUGACAUUAAGUCCCUUUUGUAAUGUAAGAUAUGAUGUUGGAAUGUGCUAUUUUAUACAAUAAUAAAAUAUAACAAAAAAAUCA